AUGGACUUUUCCAAUGCGCCUAUUGCUGUUUUGGAGGUUGAUGAAUUUUCGUGUACCAGCAAAAGUGAUCCCUUGGAUCAGCCAUGCGAAGGAGUGUUGAAGCGUUCUCUGUCUGAUCCGUUUGACAUAUCUGGUGGAUUACAACUAGAAGCAUCGCUCGAGCAUCUCAUAUGGACCUUUGAUGACAAUGUUUCCCGUGGACUGAUGGAUUCAUCUGAUGUUGAUGAGUCUACUAGUCACCGAGAUACUAAUGCGUCGUUAGAUGCUAUUAAGUCAUUCUGGCGAAUAAGCGUUGCACCGAUUGAAAACCCCAAGGAUUCCUAUCCGCUUGAAAAGCGACCUAUAGCGCUCAAUAAGGAGGAUCUUCACAUGGCAGAUGCUGAAUCCGUUUCUGAUGCAGAAUUUGAAGCGUUUGCUCUUAAUACUGAGUUACUCUUGGAACGUGAGAAACUGGCUGUGAUUGGAAAGGAAAUUGUUAAGGAGGGGAGGGAGAUGGAGGAUGACGACACGGUGGCGACAAACUCUCUUGACCCCUUCUCCUCGUCCUCCUGUGAGUCACUCCCCAACUCUCUUUCAAACACGCCUCCAACACACCUCCCGCCUAACCAACAGCCGACGAUGACGAUAGCAACGGUAGCAUUGGAUACGACAGAGGACCAGGCUUUAGACGCCUCCUUGAGAUGGGCCAGUCUCCAGGCUGCUCUAGAGGCCUUCAAGGCGCGCCAUCCAACUCUGCCGCUCAUUGAAACUCCCGAUUGGGCUCAAGAAUUGGAGCGUCUAUCACUACAGCUUCUGCGCCACUACGUGAAUGAGUUGGAGACAGAGACGGGCAGCAUCUCCGAACUCCUUGUCUCCUCUCUAGCGGAGCGCGAGGAACUGCGUCUCUUCCGCGAAGUUCUAGACAACUUUGUCGUCCUUCACAACACCCUCCAACUCCGACGACGCAAAGCCGCUGAGGCUGUGCUCGCCAACACUACUCGAUCUACUCUGGUUCAUCUCAAGCAACAUCUGAGUCAUUCAGGGAUGCAUCGACGAGUCCCACGUUUGAAUUCACCGGAGAGUCUGAUCGAGUUGACUAACCUGUCGAAGCGGGGUGAUGGCCUUUCGGGUAGCGCAGUUUCGUUGAAUCUGCAAAGACAGGAACUAGAGCGUAUGCCACGCGGUCACCAUAUCGGGGAGCCCAUUGAAUUCCCUGGUCUACGAUCAGCUCUGAGUCGCCUCUCCGGUUUGCUUACAGGCCAGACCGCAGCGACACCGGUUCUCACUGAAGAUGCAGUUACCAUGGCCACACGAGCCGUUGCCGAUGCUGAGGCAAGCCGCAGACGUUUGGCUAGUUCCAAGGUCCCGAAACGCUUGAUUGAGGACGCGCAGAAAAAUGGUGAUAAACUGCCCCUUUAUGACCUCCCUUGGCCAAUGGGACGACCGGAGUUUAGCCAGUCCUUAAAAUUGCACAUUCCUGUUCCUACCUCUGAAUUGGCUUCUUGGCUUCCUCCAAGGCUGCGCAUAAUUAAUCAAAUUUUGCUAGCUGCCUUGCACGAGUCUUCGGAGGUCAAUAAGCUCCUAAAAGAGCUUCAAGAAUUCGACCCAUUGGUCGAAGCUGAGCAACUGCAACGAACAUCCAAACACUUAUCCGCCAGUGGCUUCGAGUCAGCUCAGGUGGAUUCUCUGCGGAUUCUUUAUUCCUCGUGUGAGGUUGGGCCGCGGAAAACCGUCAGCUUUGAUUGGCACGGAACGAAGGAGUUGUUUAAAGCUCUUGCUACUGAACGUAACGGCAGUGUACCUCGUCACACCUCCCCAGUUGCUUGA